AAUCUCAGCAGAUGAAAUGGUUUGGCCCUCGGGGUUACAGGAAGUUGUAGCAGCUGCCAUGUUCAGCUGCUUUGUUGUAGAUUUCUUGUAGGUUUCCUGCAGAUUUUUUUAAGUGUUGCAAUGGAGACGAGCUGGAGUUCAUUUUUAUUUCAGCAGGCCAAUGAAGCCCUCCACCACCAGCAUCAUGUCACCCAGAACAGCUUGCUGCCACUGCUCAAUUCUGGCAAUGAGCCGCAGGAUCAAAAGCCUGUUCUUCCCAUCCCUCUCGACCAGAAGCCUCCCAUCAUUCCUGCCGACCUCCUCAAGGACAGUAUGGCCGGCGGGGCAGGAGGAGGUGGCGGAGGAGGCGGCGGAGGAGGGCCGGUUGUUGUAAAAAAGGAGCCCAAGUCGAAAACGCCCUUCAUAUGCGGCUACUGCAACAAGGCCUUUCGGGACAGCUACCACCUACGGCGGCACGAGUCCUGCCACACGGGCAUCAAGAUGGUGUCACGGCCCAAGAAGACAACCACAGCGCCCACCAUGGUGCCUCUUAUCUCCACUGUGCCACGUGAUAACAACUCCAACCCCUCUUACAUAUCCACGGUGGCGGGCAUCCUUACCACGGCAACCACCUCUGCAUCCACGGCUGCGGGCGUGAUGUCGGCCCUGCCUCAGCAGCCGCCAGUGCCCAAGAAGCCCCCCAAGCCGGUGAAGAAGAACCACGGCUGCGAUAUGUGCGGUAAGGCCUUCCGCGACGUCUACCACCUCAACCGCCACAAGCUUUCACACUCGGAUGAGAAGCCCUUUGAGUGCCCCAUCUGCCACCAGCGUUUUAAGAGGAAGGACCGCAUGACAUACCACGUCCGCUCGCAUGAUGGUGGUGUGCACAAGCCGUAUAUCUGCUCCGUCUGCGGGAAGGGCUUCUCUCGGCCGGAUCAUCUUAGCUGUCAUGUCAAGCAUGUUCACUCCACAGAACGACCCUUUAAAUGCCAAGUAACGGCCUGUACGUCAGCCUUCGCCACCAAAGACCGUCUGCGCUCUCACAUGAUACGGCACGAGGGCAAGGUCACCUGCAACAUCUGCGGGAAGAUGCUGAGUGCCGCCUAUAUCACCAGCCACCUCAAGACCCACGGGCAGGCCAGCUUCAACUCAACCUGUAACAAAGACUCUAACAACGUUUGUAACUCUGCCUCAGCCACGCCAGUCACUGCUUCUACCGCAUCCAACACUACAGCCAUGAACCGCGGCACCGCCAGCAACCCCGUCACCAUUGCUGCCCAGAUGAACAUCGCCACCAACACGGUCAACAUCACCUCCCCCAUCAGCCUACAGCACCCGGUCACCAUCACCGGUCCGGUCAACAUCCCAGCCACCGCAUCCAUGAACAUCGCCCAUCCGGUAGCCAUCACAUCGCCCAUGUCAAUGAACAUCACAGGUCCCCUCAACAUCGCCAUGAGGCCGAUGGAUAGCAUGCCUUUCCUCUCACAGAUCCUGCCUUCCUCUCCUCCCUGGUAGAACUUUGCCCCACCCCUUGCCCUAUCCCAAAAAACCCACCUCUCGUCGUAAAACUCAUGUCUCCUGUUUUAGUCUUCCUCUCCGGCCAUGAGGGAAAAAGAUCCUGGAGGAAUGGCGAGUAUUGGGAAUGUAGACGUCCACAGCGACAAGGAAUACGGAAAUGGUGGAAGUUAGCUGGCACCAUGCGUAUUUUUCGGUUGUCUAGAGUUAGCGAGGACAGAAAUCAAUAGGUAUUGCAUGGAGUGGAAGACUGACGUGCUGUAUGUUUGGUGAUUUUUCACUUUUCUAGUGCCAGAAAAUCCUUGCCAGUCGUCUAUCUGAAGUGGAGCACGUUGCCCCUUCAGGUAGCGCACGUUGGUUAGUAUUAACGGUUUAAGGACUUUGGCAUAUAUUAACUGUGAGGAUUUUAUUUUUUGUUACUGUUAGCUUGCUUAUCAGUAUUUCAUAGUUUUAUGCAUUUUAUGCGAGUCAUGUACAUCAAAUGGGACAGUGGCUUCCAUUUCUUGGAAGAUGAGAUGGUUUUUUGUUUUGAGACAAUACUCUACGAAUGAGGAAAACUAAAGUUUAGAAUAUGUUUUAAAAGGCAUCCUUUCAUUGUAAGCCUUUUAAUCUCUAGCUGUGUUUUUAUUUCUAUUAUAAUUAUUAUUCUUUAUAGAUCUUUUGAAGUUGGUCAUUCCUGAUUGUAGAAUAAUUUUGUUGUUCUUGUUUCAAUAGCUGGGAUAUUCUUCCGCUUAGUGAGGUUGGACGUUACAGUAACAGUCUGAUACAAUCUUGCACUGAACUCGUAUCUAUUUGGCGAUAUUUAACGGCAGUAUUAUUUUGGAUCAAACAUCUUGAGCGUUGUUUGUCAAACCUAUUCAUAUAGAAUGCCUGGUCACCAAGUGGCCAUCUUUAACACACUGAAAGGUUCAUUCUUAAUAUUAUCUCAAGAGCAUUUAGUUUUGUAACUUUCUUCUUUGCUCUUCCUCGCUGAAUGAUGAGGGCUGUUUCAUAAGGACCUUUUGCUCAGGAACUUUACUGAGGGUGUCCUAACUUACCCUGCUCUUGUAGUGGAUGGAGUCAUGCCUUAAAUUCUUCCGAAGCUAAUUUCGUAUGUUCUCAACACACUAAAUAUUACUUCUCCUUUAUUAGCGAGAACUGAGAAGCACCUCAGGGGUUGGGGUGCCAAAGUACUUUGCUGUUGACAUGCUCGUCCAUCACAGGAGCAAAUAGUGAACACGUCCUCUUUGUUCGUUUCCCCUGUCACAGUACAAACCAAAACUGCCUUCAAUUUUCAGGGUUUGUCAUACUGGCCGUCAUCAUCAUUCAGAGUAGCCCUGUUGAAUAUAAUUGCUGAACAAUUCAAAAAGAGAAUGAAAUUUAAGUCACAUAACAGUAGUCCAUACUCCACACUAUUUUCUUAAUUUCGAGAAACAGGAUAAUUGAACUCUGUAUAGAGAGAGAUACGUAUUUUUGGCAAACCAGGAAGUAGGACUGGGUUUCCUCACUGGGAUUUUUCCACAGGCUUUUGGAUUAUCGCAAAAAAUAAGCUAUGUGAUCAAUGAAAGAUUGUGAUACUAGGUUGUGAUAUCAAGGUAAUCUUUACAAUUAAACACAACCUUUAGAAAUUUUAAAAUCUAAAUGCAUUUACUAGAAACAAAAAGCUAACUGAACUACACCACUAUCACUCGACUUCGACAUCAUCACCACCAAGCUUCCAACUAUUUUUUCCAACUUUACUAAAUACAUUUAAAAACAUAUACCCAGAUAAUGGAAUAUUUUGAGGAUAAAUCUCUUUUGGGAAUUGUGCCCAUAUUGCAAUGUUUUUGAGAUUUCCAUGCAUGAUAUAAAAUUCCCGACAAUGUCUGUAGUUCUGUGUAGCAUUUUGUUAGCGACCAAACUUAAAUACUGCGUUCAGACCAGGUGCGGUAGAGGCGUCAAGCACGAGUGAUUUCAAUGUUAAAGGCGGAGUCCACGAUGUUUGAAAAACGCGCUGGAAAAGGAAACGGGCCGACUACCAAAACACACUUAUAGCCAAUCAAAUCAAAUCAAAUGCCGGUUUGCGUAUGUGUAGGGCGGGUCUAUCAACAGAAGGUCCAGAUUCUAUUGGGGUAGGGGCGUGUUUGUUUAGGUGAUUUCAAAUAUCAACAUUGGCUUUCAAACAUCAUGGACUCCGCCUUUAAGUCAGUGUGAAGACGCGUUGAUGUGCGUCUGGAGGUCUCGCGGCGUGAAUGAGACGUUUAGCACGGCGCGGUAGAUGCGAUUUCGCCUUAUUCGCACGACUAGUUUGCAUGAAUUGAACGUUGCUGCGGCAAACGCGCGAGUUGAAAAAUGUGAACUUUGGCGGAAAAACGCGCCACGUUAACCAAUCAGGAGCUUGCUCUAGUAGUGACGUGAUUACAGGAAGCAAGCGGAGUCGCAGAAGCCCCUCCCAUGACGCGAAUUUCCGCGUGAAUGUCUCGAUGACUAGAAUUUCACGCGCGGAUGAAGCGAGUACUAAAAAUGCUGAAGCGGCAAACUAGACGCGAAUUUGACGCCUCAAACGCGGCUGGUGUGAACCUACGGUAAAGUCAUGAGUGAUCAUUCUCAACCUGAAUGAUCUGAUCACAACUCAAUUUUCAGUAAAUAUUCACCUAAAUUUUGUUCUGAUCUGCAAAAAAGCAGUUGUAUGACUUCAGAAGACUUUGAAUAUAGUGCUCGAGUUGUAUGGAUUAUUUUAUGAUGAUUCAUUUGUAUACUUAAACCUGAAAACCUCAAUUCUCUUGCAUUGUAAUUGCAUGGAAAAACAACCAGUACAAUUUAAUGUGUGUUGGAAACAGCAUAAAGGUGAGUGAAUGAUGACGGAAUUGACAUUUUUGGAUGAACUAUCCUUUUAAAUACAUAUCCCCGAAGUUACUUUUCUAUUUGAUUUCUUCUCUUGUUGUAUUCAUAUAAGCAAUAUAUUUUUCUUGGUCCUCUUGUUGUGACCCAGCCCGACAGCUGUCUUGCCCAUUUUUGUGUUUUAUUAUAAGGAAAAACCGAUGCAAAAGAUGCUGUCAUGUGUUGCCCUCACGUCUGGGUUUGUAUGAGCGUGUGUGAUUAUAAAUGAUUCUUAAACAAACCAGCUGAAUGUGAUGAUAAUAUAUUAAUUGAUGAUGUCAUGGCUACCACUGUCUGGGCAUAAAGUUUAGUUUGUAUUAACUUGACACCCCCUAGUAUUUCUCAAUUGACCAGGUAGCGGCGAAAGGUUUGUGGUCUUAGGUUGCCAUUACAUGGAUUUACAUGUCGGGUAUGUGAAAUCUGAAAUCACUCAAUGGCCUGAUCAAUAUUUUCUUUUUCAUUUUUGUAAUGUUGCCUUGUUUUGGCAGUUUAUUUUGGCUGAGUUUCAGGAACUGGAAUUCAAGGAAUGUGAUUGAAUUGACUGAAGACACUACAAAAAGGUUUUAAUUGUGCUUGUGAUAAAUGUCUGUCUUUCCGCGAUGGCAUCACUUCCGUGCCUGAACUGCAUGUGUGAAAAUGCCACAGUGAAACUAUCGGUUUUCACUGUUUGGCUUGCAGUGCUCGGCAAAGGAACCUGCCUGAGCGACCAACUGCAGUUUAACUGUUUACCAAAUGUGUGUGGAGAUUUAAAAUCUAUUUUGCAUAUGAAAUAUCAAGUUGUCAUGUUUGAGGAAUUAUGGAUUUGUUUUUUUAUCCUAUAAAGUAUUGCUCAUUGAAGUUACUCCUUAUGCAUCAGUAUCUUUAAAAGAACACGUCUGUUUAAAUGGGGUAAAAUGAAAAGGCUUUGUAUUCGGUUUCGGACUGGAGGGUUAUAAAUUAGUCCGGUCUUUUGUUUCGUGUUUUUUGUUUUGUUAAAUUGGCAACCCAUGUGAAAGCCAAUGAAUGUAUAUCUUUGUACAAAACCAUUUAGCUCAGAGAACGUGGUAGUUAUGAUAGACACAUGCAAGGAAAAAUACAAGUAAAAUAACCUUUUAUAAGACUUUUUGUAUUAGAACAUUAACAUUGGUAAUUUUGUAUAUAUGAAGACUAGGCUUUUUUUUGGUUAGCAGAAAAGUAAAACAUUCCUACAAUUAUGUAAACACAUUGCGCAAUGUUUUAUGUGCCUUUUAUUUGGGUUGUCUAAAUAAAAGAAAACUGUAAA